AUGGACAUGUUACAUAUGUGUUUGGAUGAAAAUGGAUUAUUACAAAAGUCGGUACUCUGUGCGCCAAUGAAUGAACUUAUGAACGAAAAUCAAUUAUUCCGCGAAAUAAUAAUUCCAAAAUUAAAAAAUGUAUUUCGUGCUAAGCAUGAUAAGGAUAUAAUAAUGAAGCUCAUUUGCAAUCUAUCAACAAAGGACGCUAUAAUUAGUGAGAGGCUAUUGCAUGUCAUUGUGACUUCAUCAAUAGACUUGGCCGAACUUGAACCAAGCAAUUAUAAAAAACAUAUUAAAACUGUCAAAUCUGCAAUUGAGGUUCUGGAAUAUUUCGUCAAAGUUUUAGUGGAUAAAAAAGAAAAUAAUAAAACAGAAACAGAUAGUAAAAGUGAAUUCGAAGAUGAUGAUACAGAUGACUUCAUUGAAGAAAAUUAUACUGAGAAAAUGGUGGAAUUAUUAUCCAAUUUAACAUAUUCAACGAAUCAUCAAGAAAUGACAAACGUUUUUAUAGCUUAUAAGUGGUUAGCUGAAUUGUAUGGGGUACUUUGUGAUAAUUCAAAUCAUUUAACAAAGUAUCAAAAAAGAUUAAAUAAAUAUAUAUUAUUAGCAGAAAAAAUUAAUGGAAAUGAUGACCACUUAAAAUAUCUAAAAAAUAAACAGGAUGCCAAAAUCCUCUUAGCGAAUAACAGUUGGGAAGUUAAUAGUUGGCUUGGUGGUUGGUAUUUUAGUAAUUUAAAAACAGAAACGUCGAAAAUAUUAGACACAUCGGAGAAGGGAGAAAAAUCAAAAAUAUUAUAUGUUAUGGAUUCGGUUAAAAAUGAUUAUGAACAAAUGUACCGAUAUUUAAACUGUGCUAUUAAUGAAAUAGUCAUUACUAGUGAGGAUCGAACUAGAAAUAUGGAAGCUCAUGAACUUUUUAGUAUGUAUUUGAUGAUAGCUAAUAGACAUGAAAUUGAAAAGCAUACUGUGAAGACCAUGCCGAAUGACGAGAUACUUAAAGGCGAAGAUAAUACAAAUAUAAACAAUGAGGUUGUGAAUAAAAUUCCGAGUGAUGAGGUAAAGAUAAACACUGCUUCUGGAAUCGGAUGGUUCAGAACAUAUAUUUCAGGAUAA